ACUCCUCAGUUGUCAAAAAAUACUCCUAAAAUUGCAUACACAAGUACUGCACGUGCCAAUAUCAGCAUACUUGUGUGUGUGUUUAGGAUUAUGUCUUCCAGAGGUGUAAAGUGAGGAAGACGUGAGGUGAGGCAGGAUUAGACUCAACUCGCUCCACUCCAGCUCAGAUUAAAUCUCGGCUGAUAUUGACGACCUUUUGCUGUUUAAGCUGUUUCAAAAGCCCAUGAUUCAUUUUCUCGCUCGAAAGCCUCUCUUUACACACUCUCUCUCGCACACACACACACGCAAGGUGGAGGUGUGCUUUUACCUCAAAUAAUCACGCCAGGUGCCUGUUUUUUCAUUGUCCCACUGAGAAAAUCCUGAUUGCUGAUGGGUUUUGGAUUGUGUGUGUGUGUGUGUGUGUGAUUGUUUGUAGGUUAGUGAAAGACUGCUGGGGCUGUAGAUAAGAGGAUUAUUGUGGAAUUAGUGUCAUUCCUCUAUCGCCGUGAGGAAUAGAUUCAUAUCGAUUUUAAUCAGAGAUAGAAAGAUCCACAAAACCGCAGAUAAAACAGACAGAGACAGACUGUGAGAGAGAGAGAGAGAGAAGUGAAUGAAGCUGGACGGAGGGCAGAGGAGACAACAGGAGAUCCUGGAGAUCAGCCGGGAUGUUCAGCCGGAGACCAAGGAGCCGUACAAACAUCUGCUGCAGAGAUAUAUGCAGAAACAUAUAUCUAUGCAUUUAAGAGAAAAUUUCAAGAGAUCACCCAUGUAUUUGGAAGUCUUGUUCUUGAGCACUCUGGUUGAGGAAACUUCCAACCGCUGUGGGAUGUUUGACCAAAACCACCAGCAUUAGUUCCCAGGGCAGCCAGGACGGAGGUGGAGCUGGUGAGUCGCUGUGGGUCGGGAUGCUGGCGUUGUGUCAGUGGUGGCGGGGCAACCUGUGAAACAUGAAGCUGGAAGUGCUGACUUGCCUGGCUCUGGCUGUGGCCAGCCUAGUUGCCAUGGUGACCGGCGGUCGCAACUCUGGACGCAGGAAGAACAAGGAGGUCUUCCUUGGGGAAAACAGCAAGUUCAAGUUUGGAGGGCGCAUUGACUACAAACUGAAGAGGCAGGACAGCACCAAAACAUUGCUAAUAAAAAGUGAACAGCUGCUGAGGAUUGAAGAGCACGACUUUGCUAUGAGACCAGGCUUUGGAGGAGCAGCCAUCCCUGUAGGCAUUGAUGUACAGGUGGAGAGCAUUGACAGCAUCUCUGAGGUCAACAUGGACUUCACCAUGACUUUGUACCUGCGUCACUACUGGAAAGACGAGCGACUAGCGUUUCCAUCACGAAACAAUCAGAGCAGGACGUUUGACUCGAGGCUUGUGAAGAAAAUUUGGGUCCCUGAUGUCUUCUUUGUCCACUCCAAGCGCUCUUUCAUCCACGACACCACCAUGGAGAACAUCAUGCUGCGGGUUUACCCUGAUGGAAACAUUCUGUACAGCGUCAGGGUCACUGUGACGGCUCUCUGCUCAAUGGACUUCAGUAGCUUCCCUCUGGACACACAGAACUGCUCGCUGGAGCUGGAGAGCUAUGCAUAUAAUGAGAACGACCUAAUGCUUUACUGGAAGAAUGGGAAUGACUCUCUGAGGACCGAUGAGAUUGUCUUGUCUCAGUUUUUCAUUGAACAUUUCCAAGCCUCCAGUGGCCUGGCUUUCUACAGCAGCACCGGCUGGUACAACCGUCUGUUCAUUAACUUCAUUCUGCGGAGGCACAUCUUCUUCUUCAUGCUGCAGACAUACUUUCCCACCAUGCUGAUGGUGGUUCUGUCAUGGGUUUCCUUCUGGAUCGACAGGAGGGCCGUUCCAGCACGUGUCUCUUUGGGUAUAACCACAGUGCUCACCAUGUCCACCAUCAUCACAGGGGUGUCCUCCUCCAUGCCUCAGGUAUCAUAUGUGAAAGCGGUGGACAUCUACCUGUGGACCAGCUUCCUGUUUGUCUUUCUGACUGUGAUUGAAUAUGCAGCUGUGAACUACUGUACUACUCUGGAGGAGAUGAGGAAGAUGAAGAGGGGGAAGAUUCCAUCCACCUUCAAUGCCAGCCAGGCAAUGGCCUUUGAUGGCUGUUUCCAUGACAAUGACAUUGAGCUGACUCCGUUCACCCGCAUGGCACCCACCAUGACCUCCGACCCCCUUACCACACCAACUCAAACCCCAGACAUCCGGCCUGCAGAGGGGACUCGCCUGCGCCGGCAGCGGUCUGUGCGUGAAAAUGUGGACCUGUUAGUCAGCAACAGCUACCUGAUAGACUCAUACUCGCGACUCGCCUUCCCUCUGUCCUACCUGCUCUUUAACACCAUCUACUGGGGUCUGUACUCCUGAUCCAGCACUGCAAACUCUACUUGAACUCUGGUGCAAUUGAACAGAGUCCAAGUGUUGAGUCAGAAAACAUGCCGGAGGACCACCUCAUGCCCUUUUCAUCACCAAUCAAGUGAUAAAAGCACUGGAGUUGCUCAGAGUAGAAAUAAUUAAUUAUGCACAAUUUCACCCUGACAUUUGUCUCAUAUGAAUGUGCUGAAUCCUAAGUCAUUAUAGAUGGGAUGGGACUGAUGAAACUCUUCUUCCUGUGCUUCAUAAGAAUCUUAUACUCUUAUUAAGAAAAUACUAAAUUAGGAUCAUGCUUCUGUGAAAACUUUCUUUGAAUAAACAUCUUUCCCCCUUUUGAUGAGUGAGUGACGUAACCAACUACUGUACAUUUAAUUUAAUUUCUUUUUAAUUUCUUUUUUCAU